AUGAUAUAUGGCGUUUACACAAAAGACGCAGUUGAGAGCAAAACUGCACGACAGAUGUUGCGACAGCUUGUUGAUGCUGUACGCGAGAUCGGUCUUUCGCAGCAAGAAAUUGCGAUGCCAGAGUCACAAUCCUGGUUGUAUGACUCCGCGUAUACUACAGGAAGUGAAUCACAAACGCUAUAUGCUCGAUGGACUUCCUACGCAGCUGCGGAAUCCAUGAGACUGUCGCUCUACACAUUAGUAUUCCUGGAUUCGCACGCAUUCUUGCCCUGCAACUCUAGGCCACUCAUGUCUUCAAUGGAACUUGGGUGGGAGAUUCCCUUUCCUGCGAGCCUAUGGGAGGCAAAAGAUCCUGAAAUAUGGAUUCGGAGGUUCAACGAAUACUUUGGAGUCUCGGCAUUCACGUUCACCGAUGACUUGCUUCACCGGCCACGCGGACUAGCAACGGCUUCCUUAACAAUCGCGACGCAGAACCUGAUGACUGAAACACCUGGUGUCGAUAUAUUAUCCUCGCUAGAGGCAUCUCCAUUUACUACAUUUUGCGUGCUUACAAAUCUAGAAGCUUUGGUGCGGGACUUUACACGAUGUUACUAUCAAAUGCCGCCAAGUUAUUCUGACCCAAACCCAUUCCAUAUCUUGACUCAGAACCAGACUAAGAGUUUUCAUAUGGCGAUACGAAACAUUGGGAGAAUUGUCAAGAAUAUGACUUCUGCGAGUGAAAGUCCUCAUUUCUUUCUAUGGAGAACAAACGAGUUGUUCAUCGUUUCUCUCAAGGUUAGCCUAUGUCGACCUGAUAGGUUGCUUAUUGGAGGUAUUGUUGACAACAGCUUGAUUGCUGGAAUGGCUGCUUCUACCCAUCUUACGCGAGGCAAUUUUGUCGCAAUCCGACGAUCUGCACCUUUGGUGCCCCUUCAUUUUGGCGGCAACGAAGGUGUACUUGCCUUACUCAGUGACUUCUCUAUUGCGCUUUCGAGUAUUUUUGGCGAAGACCCGGCCAAGGUCACUCAUGAAGCACCGUGGGUCACUGUCGCCAGCUACGGCAUUCUAUUGUGUAUCUGGGAGGCGCUCAGACGAGCAACGACUGAGAUCCACCUACAUAUAGAUACAUUCAAUGAUCUUCCAAGAACACCCGAGUCUUGUAUGUUGAUCUUUAACACACUCAUGGAGUCCACUUUGCUCUGCUCCCAAGCCACCGAGCAUGACCGGAGCAUUCGCGAUUCACGUUUAUGGUCGACGAAUCGGGAAGCCUUUUCCACUCUUUUAGAAGAGGGACAGUCAUUGUUUGCGAAUCUUAUCAAAAAAUUUUGCCAGCAAAGAUUCGUGUGGGGUAUUGGGCCCUCGAUGUUGGCUGUGUUAAACGAACUUACCAACGGCGUCGCUUCUGCUUCAUAG